ACGGAGGCCGCGGAGCAGAAAUGGGAGCCGCGGAGCUGGCGGCAGCAGCUGGCCAACAUACGGGAAAUAAGAAAGGCGAAAGACGCCCCCGUGGACCAGAUGGGGGCUGAGAAAUGCUUCGACAGGGAGGCCCCUCCCAAGGUGAUGCGGUACCAGGUGCUGCUUUCGCUGAUGCUCUCCAGCCAGACAAAAGACCAGGUGACCUCGGCGGCCAUGAUGCGCCUGCGGGAACACGGCCUCACUGUGGACAACAUCCUGGGAACGGAGGAGGAAACACUGGGCCAGCUCAUUUACCCAGUGGGGUUCUGGAAGAGCAAAGCGCGAUACAUCAAGCAAACCACAGCUGUCCUGAAGCGGGAUUACGGGGGCGACAUCCCAAAGACCGUGGCGGAGCUGGUGAAGCUUCCGGGGGUCGGACCCAAAAUGGCCCAUCUGAUCAUGGCUAUCGCCUGGCAGAAUGUCUCUGGAAUCGGCGUGGACACUCACGUGCACCGUAUUUCGAACAGGCUGAAAUGGGUGAAGAAGGAGACGAAACUCCCCGAGGAGACCAGGCGGGCCCUGGAAAGCUGGCUGCCCAGGGAGCUCUGGAGUGAGAUAAACUGGCUACUGGUUGGGUUUGGCCAACAGACCUGCUUACCCGUCAACCCACGAUGCAGCGAAUGCCUCAACAGGGAUAUCUGCCCGGCGUCCAGGAAGCGCUGAGGAGCAAAA